AUGAGCUCAUGUGUUGGUUGCCUAUCUGCUCCCGACAUUACCCGGCCUGUUGCCUCCUCAUUGUUCGCUGUUGAUCUCAGCGGCAAUGUUGGAGACGAGGUAAGGUAUAGGGAACAUCUUCCGACCGAAUUACAGUGUCCUACACCGGCUGGUGUUGGAGAGGGAUUGUUUGAUGAUCCAGAUGACGAUGAUGUCGAGCCAGAUAUGAUCGCUGAUGACAGCGGCGAUGAUCUUGGAGUGAGUGAUCCGAGAAGGGCUACAGGUGGAUCUAGUUCUGGCACACAGCAGUACCCACCCCAUUUUUCAUUGUUGGACCUGGAUGCCAUGAGGCAUGACGAACAUCCUGGGCAGCCUGCUGGAUUUGGCGCUAGAGAUACGGAAGGGUCUGCCGGUAUGACAGAGUUCCAGGUUGGGCAACAAUUUCGGGAUAAAGAUGAGGCGCUGUUGAGUUUGAUUCGGUUGAGUCUUCGGCAGCACAAGGGCAUCUGGGAAGUCAAGCGGUACAAUGGACCGCAUACCUGUCUCGCCACCUCCAUCUCCAGCGACCAUAGGAGUCUGGACUACCAUGUGAUAGCGACAUUCAUUAUGCCAAUGGUUAGGGCUGAUGCAUCCGUCAACAUCAAGGUGCUUCUAAAUGCCACGGCUGCACACUUUGGGUUCAGGCCUACGUAUAGGAGGGUAUGGAUGGCGAAGCAGAAGGCUGUUGCCAUCAUCUAUGGGGACUGGGAUGAGUCGACUUGCCCUGUUCGAGUUGGGGGACAGCUGGACGAGUCCCAGGCUUAUUUUCAGAGGCUAUUCUGGACGUUCUCCCCUUGUAUCGAGGCUUUUCGUCAUUGCAAGCCGUUGGUGAGUAUUGACGGCACCCAUCUAUAUGGCAAGUAUGGGGGAAUGUUUCUUGUGGCGAUUGCACAGGACGGGAACUCCAACAUACUCCCGGUGGCAUUUGCACUAGUUGAGGGUAAGAAUGCUGACUCUUGGUCCUUCUUUCUCUCCCACCUCCGCCAGCACUUGACACCUCAGCCAGGUCUGUUAGGUUAUUUCAGAUAG